ACUCGGACAGCGAGGCCCUUCCGGUCUCCAGCUUGGAAGCGGAAGUGCCGCCACAGUUCGCCUCCGUUUUUCCCGGUGUGCUUCCGCGCGCGGCCAGUUCCCUUUUCUCGGCGGCGGUGGCUGGCUGGUGCGGCUCUGAGUGUAAAGAACUUCCGCUCUUUGAGUCGGCUCUGGCGUCCUCUCGCCUCAGGGACGUGGUUAUCCCUACGCUUCGCGCCUCUCAGAAACAGCUGCUCCUCAGAACCAGGUCACUUCUCCUGGGUUGCUCUGGGGUAGCUUAGUACCUUUCAUCAGUCUUUGAAACAGCAUCCUAACUGUAUCCACCUUUCUUGAAGAAUCCAGGAAUCUAAGUCAUCCUGAUUAAACAGGAAUGAGUAUUGUCAUCUACAUUGAUUCAUAAGCUGCCCUGACGUGUCCUUGGAUUCACAGAAGAUUUUGAUCGCACAGUUUACCAUCAGGAUAAAGGAUGGACAUUAUCAGUUUGUCCAAUGCAAGACUGCUUUCCAGGGACCCAGUCUGCAUUCAGGAAGAAGAGACAGAGGCAGAAAGCAUGGAGACUGGUUGUCUGAGAAACUGUAAUAAGGAGGAGUUAACUUCAGAGGAUCCACCUCAGAGCACCAUACCUGAUGAUGUGAUGAAGGACUACAAGAGCCUAGCCACUGUAGGAUGUCAAACACACAUCAAACCCAAUGCUUUGACUUGCUUGAAAGAAGAAUUGAUGACCAUGCAGAGGGGAGUUCUUCAAGAAUUGGAAAUGAAACUGCAAACCAGAGAUUCAGCACUUGAGCAGGAUUUUUUGACAAGGAAUACCUUCACAGAGACACAACAGGUGGACUCAGUGACUUUUGAAGAUGUGGCGGUGGACUUUACCCAAGAAGAGUGGACCUCACUGGAUCCUGUUCAGAGAAACUUGUACAGAGAUGUGAUGCUGGAGAACUACCAGAACCUGGCCACAGUAGGAGGUCAACUGUUCAAACCCAGCCUGAUCUCUUGGUUGGAGCAAAAAGUGGAGUUGACAAUAGUGGAACGAGGCAUCCUCCAUGGAUGGGAAAUGCACCUAAAGGCCAAAGGAACCGCAUUUCAGCAGGAUAUAUUUUGUUCAGAUAUAUCAAAUGGAAUGCAACUGGGAGGACACAGUGGAGGGGAGCUCUUUGACUCUAAGCAUGUUGAGAAAGUUUUCAGUGAAGAUUCCUGCCUUCAGACUGACAUGUUUACUCCAAAUAUGCAGAGUACUUCAGAGUGUAAUUUGUAUGAAAAAGAUUUCCCACAACCACUGAAGGGAACUUCUGUUGAAGAUAACAGUUUGCAGUUGAACCAGUAUGUAAAACCUUUCAUCUUGACUCCAGAUGCUCCCCAGAGUUUAUGCGUUCAGGACAAAUCCUUUGAAUGCUGUGACUGUGGGGAAACUUUUGUUAAUCAGUUAGAACUUCAGGCACAUAGUUCUUCUCAUAAUGAAGGAAAUCACCACAAAUUGGAGCAAUGUGGCCAAGCUUUAACUCAUUCUGCAAGCCAUGAUGGACAUGUUGAAACUCCCACUGCAAAAAAAUAUUAUGAAUGUAAGAAGUGUGAAAAAUUCUUUACACAUCCUAUCUAUCUUAAUAUUCAUAUGCAAAGUCACACUGUUGAGAAACCCUAUGAAUGUAAGGAAUGUGGGAAAGCUUUCACUGAGCGCUCAAGCUUAAUUGUACAUCUACGACAACACACUCGGGAGAAGUUGUAUGAGUGCAAGGAAUGUGGGAAAUCUUUCAUUCAGCCCUCACGCCUUACAGAACAUAUGAGAAGUCACACAGGAGAGAAGCCCUAUCAGUGUGACCAGUGUGGGAAUGCUUUUGCAUCUUCCUCUUACCUUACUACACAUUUGAGAACUCACACUGGAGAGAAGCCCUUUGAGUGUAAUGUAUGUGGAAAAGCAUUUACACGUUCCUCCUACCUACUAGGUCACAUACGAACUCACACAGGAGAGAAACCAUACGAAUGUAAAGUAUGUGGAAAAGCCUUUAGUGGGCGUUCAUGGCUUACUAUACACUUACGAAAACAUACUGGUGAGAGGCCCUAUCCAUGUACAGAAUGCGAGAAAGCUUUCACAAGUUUUGCUCAACUAACUGAACAUAUAAAAACUCACACUGGUGAGAAGCCUUUUCGAUGUAAGGUAUGUGCAAGAACCUUUAGAAAUUCCUCAUGCCUUAAGACCCACUUCCGAAUUCACACUGGAAUAAAACCAUACAAAUGUAAUUACUGUGGGAAAGACUUCACUGCGCGUUCUGGCCUUACCAAGCAUGUACUAAUUCACAAUGGUGAGAAGCCCUAUGAUUGUAAAGAAUGUGGAAAAGCCUUCAGUACAUCCUCUGGCCUUGUUGAACAUAUAAGAAUUCACACAGGAGAGAAGCCCUUUGAAUGUUAUCAGUGUGGGAAGGCUUUGGCUCAUUCGUCAUCUCUUGUUGGACAUUUGAGAACUCACACUGGAGAGAAACCUUUUGAGUGUAACCUGUGUGACAAAACAUUUACGCGUUCUUCUUACCUUCGAAUUCACAUGCGAACUCAUACGGGAGAGAAACCCUAUGAAUGUAAGGAGUGUGGGAAAACCUUCCCUGAGCGCUCAUGCCUUACAAAACACAUAAGAACACAUACUGGUGAAAGGCCCUAUGAAUGUAAGGAAUGUGGGAAAGGCUUUAUUAGCUUUGCUCAACUUACUGUACACAUAAAAACUCACAGUUCUGAGAGGCCUUUUCAGUGUAAGGUAUGCACAAAAUCUUUUAGAAAUUCCUCAUCACUUGAGACCCACUUUCGAAUUCACACUGGAGUAAAACCUUAUAAAUGCACUUACUGUGGGAAAGACUUCACUGCUCGUUCAGGCCUUACUAUACAUUUACGAAAUCACACUGGGGAGAAGUCCUAUGCUUGCCAGGAAUGUGGGAAAGCUUUCAGUACUUCCUCAGGCCUUAUUGCACAUAUAAGAAGUCAUAAAGGAGAGAAACCCUUUGAAUGUGACCACUGUGGGAAAGCCUUUGCUUCUUCCUCAUAUCUUAAUGUGCAUUUGAAGAUUCACACCGGAGAAAAGCCCUUUCAGUGUACAGUGUGUGGGAAAACAUUUACAUGUUCUUCUUACCUUCCUGUUCACAUGCGAACUCAUACUGGAGAGAAACCCUUUCAGUGUAUAAUAUGUGGAAAAUCAUUUUUGUGGUCCUCUUACCUUCGUGUUCACAUGCGAAUUCACACUGGAGAGAAACCGUAUGUAUGUCAGUACUGUGGAAAAGCCUUUACAGAGCACUCAGGCCUUAAUAAGCACUUACGGAAACACACGGGAGACAAACCAUAUGAAUAUAAGGAGUGUGCAGAAGCCUUUGCUACUUCUGCUGAUGCUAAUGAACAUGAAAACCCCCAUUGGAGAGAAACUGUUUGAAUGUAAAGAAUUUGAAAAUCAUUCUGGAAGCCCUUGAUCCAAUUCCUUUGUAAUUAGAAUUCAUAGUCUAUACAAAUCUGAUGAAUAUAAUCAGCAUAUAAAAGUGUUCAUUUGUUGCUGUUUAGUGCAAAAACAUGAAAACUCAAUCUGAGGAUGCGCUGUAAUUCAAGGCUUAUGGGAGAAGUCAUAAUCUCCCAAUAUAACAUGUAAGAAUUCAUUCUGAAGCUUUGUAGUAUAAGAAUCUUGCAAACACUUUAGUAUUUCAAAGUGGUAAUGCAAGAGUAUGUGUUGACGCAAGAUAUAUGGAAAUGUCACAGAUCUCAUAGUUUUUUGUUCAUCUGUGAUCUCACAGUUGAGAAAGUCUUAAUGAAGUUUGGGAAAUCACUCUUUAACCUUCAGUAAAUGGUGUUUAUACACUGAACAGAAACUACAUGUGAGUGGUACAAGGUUUGCUUCUCCGUGUCUUGAAAUCUUGGGUGGUAAUGGAGACAUGGUUUUCCUGGAUGCUUCUAGAUGAGUUUUGAAUAUUUUGAUUAUUUCUGUAUUUGCGUAUUUUUAUGAUUCCAAUUAUAAAUAUCUAAAUUCCACUAUGUUUUUUUGUUAUAUAAUAUUCCUGUUUGAUAUGAUUGAAAACUGUUGUUUGUACUUAGUGUUCACCAUGAUGUCCUAUGUCCUUGUGAAAUAAUGAACACAAACUCAGCAUGCAUAUUCCUUGUUAUAUUCAUCCUCUGUAUACAAACCCCACAUGCUUUUUUUUUUCUUUUUCUUUUUGACAAGGUCUCAGUUUGUAACCCAGGCUGGCCUGGAGCUCACUGUGUAGCCCAGGCUGACCUCUAGCUCAUGGCAAUUCUGCCUCAGCCUCCUGAGUGCUGGGAUUAUAGGUGUGAACCGCCACACCUGGCCCUCUUCACUGUUCCCAAGUAUUUGCUUGAAGUUUCACAUACAUAUCUUCCUAAUGCUGAAAUUCCCAUGCUUUACAUAGGAGUCAAGUACUUGUAAGUUUGAAUCUUUGACCAAUACCACCCCUUUUUCCCAGCCCCCAGUCUCUGGUAGCUAUUAUUUUAUUCUCUGGUUGAGCUGAGCUUUUCUUUAGAUUCCAUUUGAUGUAAGAUCAAGCAGUAUUUGUCUUAACUAUACCUGGUUUUCUUUUUUGUCUUUUUAAUUUUUUUUUUAAAGACAAGGCCUCUCUUUAGCCCCAGCUGGCCAAGAACUUGCUUUGUAGAUCAGGCUGGCUUCAGUCUCACAGAGAUACACUGCCUCCUGAGUGCUGGGAUUAAAGGCAUGUACCACCAAGCCCAGCUUUUUGUGUGUGUGUCUCUGUAUGUAACAGUGUCUUGCUUUGUAGCCCAUACUGACCUCAAAUCCUUAAUACUCCUGCCUCAAACUCUGGAGUACUGGAGUCACAGGCAUGUGCUAUAAUGCCCAGAUUUUUUUUUUGGCUUAUGUCAAUUUGCAUGGUGUCCUCAAGAUUGAAUUGUGUUAUGGUCAGAUAUUUUACUUAAGACUAAAUUUAGUUUACCCAUUGUCUGAUUACUGAGAUUGUUUCCAUAUCUUGGCUGUUGGGACUGUGGCUACAGUAAACAUGAGUGUGGCUCUCUCUUUUGAGUUGGUGAUCUUAUGUCCCUAACUGUAACCCCAGAAGUGGGUUUGGUACAGUAAUGGUAUAGUAAUUGGUAUAGUACUUUUUUUGUUUUUGGUCUUUUUGAGACAGGGUCUCCCUGUAGCCCCAGCUGUCCUGGAACUCACUGUGUAGACCAGGCUGGCCUCGAACUCGCGGAGAUCUGCCUGCCUCUGCCUCCCAAGUCCUGGGACUACAGGUGUGUGCCACCACGCCUGGCUGGUAUAGUACUUUUUAAAUUUGAUAUGUCUGUACUGUUUCCCAUAAUGACUACCAGUUUAUGUUCCCAACAUUGUAACUUCUCACUCCUUUUUUAUCUUGGCAUUUUUCUAUGCCAUUUUAAAAAUAUGAGAUGGUAUUUUUGUA